CGCUCGCGGCCCGGCCUGCCAAGAAGUCCCCGCUUCUGGGCCUGCGGAGGGGGGGGCCCGCGCCCUCGGCCUCUCUCCCCUCCCCCCCCCCCCGGGCCCGGCCCGCCGCCCUGCGGCGCCCGCCGGCGCCGUCCCUGCCCGGGCCGGCGAGCGGCCAUGAGCGGCGGCGGCACCUGGUCCAACCUGCGCAGCAAGUUCCGGACCAGCGAGCGCUGCGUGGAGGCGUCCUGCUCGGACACGAAGGCCGCUGCCGCAGCGCCCGGCGCCGGCGCGCCCCCGCCCGACCGGGCGGAGAUCGGGCGGGCGACCUGGCGCUACCUGCACGCCAUGGCCGCGAGCUAUCCACCAAGCCAGCAGCAGAGGAGCAGGCGGGCGCGCAGCAGUGGUUGCUAUCGUUCCUGCGGCUGUACCCGUGCUCACACUGUGCGGAGGGCUUCAUGGACGUCUGCGAGGCCAUGCCGCCGACGAUGGGGUCUCGCAACGAGUAUGCAUUGUGGUGGUGUGAGGCCCACAACAAGGUCAGCGUGGACCACGUUGGCAAUGAGCCCAGGCGGUGCGAUCUUGCUCAGUUGGUGUCUGAUGCGACGAGGAGCGGCAUGACACUGGAUGAGUUGUCGAGCAGAUCUGCGGUGGCGCUGUCCGCGGAGUGAGCGGCCCGCGUGCGCUACGUGAACCCUGGUCCGCAUGGCAGCACAGUGCUACUGGUCACCACAUGGCCGCAUCAUCGUUGGGCCAGUGGCACGACCAGCUGGUGUUGCGAUUGCACAGAAGGCAGUUGUUGUCGCGUUCCGACUCGGGCGUCUGCGAUUGCAGAGAUUCGUUCCAGUCUUGAAUCGCUCGCGCACUAUCGGUCUCAAAACAACGGGUGUCGGCCAAGGAGUAGUAGUCAGUCGGCGCGACCAGUGCAGACGGAGUGGCUGCCGAAGGACGCCGCGAUAAAAGUACAGCACACCGUUGGUGUGGCCCUCCCUAUCUUUCCUUUUGCCCCCCCCUCAUUUGAUCUUUCAC